AUGUCUGAUAAGGAGGACAAUCCCCAGACCCCCGCACAGGAGAACGAGAACACUCCCAACUCCCCUAAGCCUCAAGAGGAACAGGAUAACGGUCCUAGCUCCCCUCAGCCCAAGGAAGAAGGACAAGAAGACAACAACCCUACCUCCCCUCAACCUAAAGAAGAGGAAGGACAAGACAACGGUCCUCAACCUAAGCAAGAAGAGGACGACAACAAGAAGACCUUCAAGCAAGAACCCGACUCGGAUAACGAGCCCGCUCCUCAAAGGGAAUCAGCUCCUGAACGUCGCCAGAGAAGACCCCGUCCUCAGAGAACUCGUCAAGACUCCGAAACAAUGGAUGCCCCUACCGAGAAGCCCCGCCGCCAGCGCCGCCAGCGUCGCCAGCCCCAAGAACAGGAAGAUGGCGGUCCUCUCGGAGGUCUGGGAGGAGUGGACCAAGUCGGCAACCUGGUCCAGGGUACGGCCGGUAAUGCUCUCAAUGGCGUGACCGGCUCUGCCGGAAAGGCCGUUGGAGGUGUCCUCGGCGGCGGCAAGAGCGAGGGUGGUGAUGAGGGCGGAAAAGACGAACAGCUGCGACUGCGUCUAGAUCUGAACCUCGACAUCGAAGUGCAAUUGAAAGCCAAGAUUCAUGGUGACCUGACUCUUGGAUUGCUUAACUAA